CCAGGUCUAAUCAAGCCCUGAUCUUCCUCGCAUUAUUGUCAUGGCAAUGGCGGCAACUCUCCCUGCGCUCCUCGUCCUCUGCAUUGCCUUUCCCUUGACUCUAACCUCCGCAGCUGGCCCCGCACAGCCACCGCUACCGGUGCUCACCGAAGAUUACUACGCGAAAACAUGCCCGGACUUCCAAAAAAUAGUCCGGGAAACCGUCACCGAUAAGCAGUCGGAGAAGCCCGUCACCGCCGCUGGCACCCUCCGCCUCUUCUUCCAUGACUGCAUGGUCACGGGCUGCGACGCCUCCCUCUUGAUCAGCUCUAACCACGUCAAUAAAGCCGAGAGGGACGCCGACCCCAACCUCUCCCUCUCGGGUGAUGCAUUUGACGUGGUCCGAAAGGCAAAGACGACGCUCGAGCUCACAUGCCCGGGCGUGGUCUCAUGCUCCGACAUCUUGGCUGAGGCCACACGUGACCUCGUGACCAUGGUCGGAGGGCCUUUCUACAAGGUCAAGCUGGGACGCUUAGAUGGACGCGUCUCCAAAGCCGAGCUCGCGGACGCCAACCUCCCAAGGACUAACCAAACCAUGGACGAAAUGAUCAAGUUCUUUGAAUCCAAAGGCUUCACCGUCCAGGAGAUGGUGGCGUUGAGCGGCGCACACACCAUCGGAUUCUCCCACUGCAAGGAAUUCACCGGCAGAUUAUUCAACUACAACAAAACCACCCCUACCGAUCCUGAUAUGCACCCAAAGUUGGCCGAGGGUUUGAAGAGAACUUGCGCCAACUUCAUUCAGGACCCAUCCAUGUCAGCAUUCAACGACCCGAUUACACCUGGCAAGUUCGACAAUAUGUACUACCAGAACCUGAAGAGAAGACUAGGGCUAUUGACCUCCGACAACGCUUUGCUUAAGGACCCGAGGACCAAGCCCUUGGUAGAGUUGUACGCUACCAACCAGCAAGCUUUCUUCGAUGCCUUCAGCAAGGUCAUGGAGAAGCUCAGCUUCUAUGGAGUCAAGACAGGGAAGGACGGAGAGGUGAGACGCCGGUGCGAUACGUUUAACGAUGUCAUUACAUCUUAGACGAAUUGACAGAUCGGGGACUUGAAGAAAGAAACAUUUUUUUUUUAUUCUUUUCAAUUUUAUUGGUGUUCAUAAUCCAUGAGAACGAAAAUUUAUGAGGUAGUGGGAUGUGCAUGAUGAGAUUG